AGAGUUACUAGUUCGGAAGCCAUUUUGUUCUGUGCACUUUGUUCCCGCCUAUGUUUACUUAUUUCGGGGGAUAAAAUAACAUAUUCAUAAACAUCUGAUCUAUUACAAAUGUUGUAAAGAUUAUACUCUAUGUUGGUAGCUAAUAAUUUGAAUUGUGCUUUUGAACCAUAAAUAAACAUGUUUUGGAAAUUUAAUCUUUUGACAUCUUCACAUAUAGAUACAUUGUUGGACAAAGAGGAUGUGACACUACGUGAGUUAAUGGAUGAAGAUGACAUCCUUCAGGAAUGUAAGGCACAGAAUAGAAAGUUGGUGGAAUUUCUUGUUCAACCAGAAAAUAUGGAAGAAAUGGUCAAAUUAAUUACUGUAGAGCCACCAUUAGAAGUCGAUGAAAAGAUAAGAUUUAAGUAUCCUAACACAGCCUGUGAGCUGCUGACGUCUGAUGUUACACAGAUUAAUGACAAGCUUGCAGGUGAUGAAGGGCUGGUAGACAAGCUCUAUUCCUUUCUGGAAGGAGAAAAACCUCUCAAUCCAUUGUUGGCUUCAUUUUUCAGCAAGGUCAUGGGGCUCUUGAUUACAAGAAAGAGUGACAUGAUCUUCGAAUAUUUGAAAGCAAAAAGUGAUUUUGUAGGUAGCCUCUUGCAUCACAUAGGGACAUCUGCAGUUAUGGAUUUGUUGCUCAGGCUUAUCACUUGUAUAGAAUCAUCAGAAACACGAAGAGCUGUAAUUGAGUGGUUGAAUGAACAGAAAAUUGUUGAAAAGCUUGUGGAUUCCAUUGUUGCUGAGAAAGAUGAAGAUAUUCAUUGUAAUGCUGCUCAAUCUUUAUGUGACAUUGUGAGGUUAGGCCGUGAGCAGUUUAUUCAACAACAGGACUCGUCAGAUCCUGAUCCACUCUUGAUGACCAUGGAGCAGGAAGCAACUGUUGCAAAGCUUCUGUCAAACAUGUUCAAUUCAGGGAAAAAUGAAUCAGUUUUGGUCAAUGGUCUCUGUGUCAUUCAUACACUUUUGGAAGUCAGACGUCAGGGAAUGGAUCAGCCAGAGCAGCUCUCAAAUGGAGACCAUGAUAGGUUCUCACUGGGCAUUAAUAAUGUUAUAUCAGCCAUCAUUCCACGAUUAAAAGAUUUUCAUGACUUGCUGGAAAAUCCUCCACUGCAACGUUACAGUGUCAUGCCAACCUCUGUUGGGGUAUUGGAGCCUCCAUUGGGAAACACCAGACUUCAGGUGUCCAAAUUAGUCACAGCAUUGGUGGGUGCUAACAUGCAUGACGUGAAUGUGGAGCUGACCUCUCUAGGAACAAUACAAACUCUUCUUAACUUGUAUUUUAAAUAUGAAUGGAAUAAUUUCUUACAUACCCAACUGGAACAGUGCCUUCUUAUAAUCCUUAAUAAUAACCCUAUAGAGGUGGAUGGUAAACAUGAACAUCCACUUCUAAUACAGCUGUUUAAAGACUACAACUUGAUUCAGAGACUUCUAAAUGAAUGGGAAGCCAAUGACCAGCAGCAAAAUGCACCCUCUGGAAAAAGAAGGGGUUUUAUGGGUCACUUAACAAAAAUGGCAAACUCGAUAGCUGGCCUUGUUGAAAAAAGUGAUUCAAGCAGUAUGGUUAAAGAUCAAUUUAAUGGAGUGUCUAGUGAUGUGAGAGACAAAUGGGAUGCUUUUGUAGUUGGAGCGUUAGCUGAAGUCAAUAAAAGGAACACAAUAGAACUGAUGCGAGGUCAUCCACUUGCCUCAAGCAGUGAAGAUGAUGAUGCUGACUUCAAAGACCUCCCUUUCCCCCAAGACACAGCCAUGCAACAGGCUUUCUCGGAUUAUCAGUUGCAGCAGAUGACUAGCAACUUUAUUGAUCAGUUUGGCUUCAAUGAUGAAGAUUUUGCCGAGCAAGAUGAAAAAAUUGAGGCUCCUUUUACAAAUAGGAUUUCCAGUAUAGAUGCUGAUAUUCAAGGCGCUGAUGCCAAUCAGCAAGCCAAUGUAGCAUUGUUUGAACAAGUUUGUAAUGAGAAGAUACAGCAGUUUGACAAUGAUGACAGUGAUGAAGAUAUAUGGGAGGAAAAAGCUAUUACCUUUGAUAAGGGUCAUUUAGCUCGCCAUGAGCGUCUGCCAGCUGCAACAGCCAGGUGUAACAGUAGUGAUGAAGACAGCACAGACAGUGGAGAAGAACUAGAUUCGCCAGCUAAAAUUAUUCAGCAGCACACAGAAGGGAUGGAUGUAGACAGCGCUGAAAAUGCUUGGUCAGUUGAUUCCAGUUCACAUUCUGAACACACAGCAAUGGAUACAACAUCCUCACCCUGGGAGAAACCUACAGCACCACCAUCAGUGCCAGUGGAACAGGCGUGGGCAGAUUUCAGCAGUGUUCCCACACAGUCAGAAGAAGACAACUGGGCAGACUUUACAUCGUUUGGUGACAUCCAGUCCUCAACUGGUAUGGGACCAAGGAGUAGUUCCCCUGUUGAGAUGGAUACAACUGAAACUACAAGAAGCAGUGCUUAUGUUGUAUCUUCAAAUACAAAUGACCUUAAAGGUGGUUUACAAGCAUUUUCAGUACCUGGUGCAGUCACAGGUGUCACAUCAACUGAAAAUGAGCUUCACCUAGCAGAUGUUGAAGAUGAGACUUGCAUUCCAGACUCUACAUCACACAAUCCAGAUUUGGGUGAUACGAUUCUGAACUCCUCGACAGAGAAUGGUGAGCAGCCUCCCUUGCCUGACUCCUCUCCGCCACACCUCCUCAACACUUCCACCACUUUGACAGAGUCAGGGGCAUCAACAGAUUCUCAAGUCACUAGUACAUCUUGUGAAACAGUUCAACUUGCUAAUGAAGAUGAAACACAUGCGUCUAAUCUGGUACUAUCCCAUGUCUCUUCAACUCUAUCUGGAUCAUGUCGAGAUGGUAGCAGUGUAGAUGUAGUUGUUUCCCUUGCAACAGCUCCAGUCUCGGCAGAUUCUCCAUCCUCAUCUAGCACCACAGAAAAAGGUACUUCCUCCUCGGAUGGAAGACUUAGCCCUAACAAUCAGAGACUAACAAAAGACGACUGUGAUGGCAGUGAUUUGGGGGCCAACUUUGAUUUCUUGGCGUCAUCUGGACUGUUAAAGAAAGCAUCCUCCAGUACUGUGGCAGCAGCUUGCCCUAGCCGGCAGUCCUCUGAAGCUCAGGGCAAUGGGCCAGUCUCUCCCCCGGCUGCCUCAGUACCUCCUGCAGCACUCUCUCCAUCACUUGUGUCAUUAAGAGAGGACCAGACUUGCUCAAGUCUGGAGCCAGAUACUACAGAAUGCACAUUGACACAGGCUCAAAAAAUCGAAAGAGCCAGAGCCCAAGCUAAAGAAGCUCAAGAAAAGUAUGAUGCAGCAGCCGUGGUGCACAAUGGGCCAGUUUGAUCCUAGAACUCACCUACCCACUUCCAAGUCCCUGUCUCCUCCCUGUUGUACAUAUGUUAUAAUACAAACCAUUGAGCGGGUCUGUCCCUCUUUUUUUUUUGUUUUUUUUUAAAUUACACUCAAAUGCUAGGAGUAUCACCAUCACAUCAAAACCAUGCUGUUUAUAGACCUUCCUUAUUUCUGACACUGGGAUGUUGCAGACAAUAUUUAUUGAGAGAUUAUUUCACUACAAGAGUUAUCCUGAAUGUACCUAGGAGAGGGGGACAGACCCCUGUGAUGUUAUGACAGAGGAGUGUCUAUGAAGGGGAGAGGGGCAAAAACCCCCUGUGACAUCUAUGACAGAGGAGUCAGUCCUGUGCUCCUUAGACUCCCCUGGACCAAACCAUCUGGACACUAGAUGCUGUGUUGUUGGUACUGAUUGACUGCGUAUGUUUAGUUGCCUGUUGUUGAGAGGAUCAAGUUUUUGUUUUCAAUGUGAUUCUUAACUUAUGCAUUCAUUCAUAUAAUGAAAGGAUAUUCUUAGAAUAAACUGGUGAAUUUUUAGCAAAUUUCAAUAUUUUUGUUUGAGCAUUUCAUAAUAUCAUUUUUUUUCCUCUUGUAUCUGUUUUGUCCUAUUUGUUCUCUUUUUUUUUUUCUUUUUUUUUUCCUCCCUCUUUUUUUAUAUUCUUUCUUAGUGUAUUGAUUACUAUAAGGAGAAGCUAAAUGAUAUUUUUUAGCAUUGAUUUCUCAGUCAUAUUGUACCGAACAAUGAAUAAUGUUGUUAUAAGUUCCCUCAGUGUACUGUUACUGUGGUGAUGUUUGUAUGUGGACAAGAGUAAUGUUUCUUGAGCAAAUAGUUCAUUGCAAGUAGUAAUCAAUGACCUGUGGGUUCUUUAUUCACAAAUAUGCACCUUUAGCAAAAGCCCCACUUUUAAUUGACAUAUUGGGUAGAACAGAUGUUUCCAAAAAAUGUUUUAAAGUAGUUUAGGUAAUAAGGUCAGCAAUCACUGGUGUAGAUAAUUUACAAUCUGCUUUUUUUAUUUUUUUAUAUUUUUUUGUACCAAUUAGGACUAUAUAGAUUCUGCUGUUAAUAAAUCUUCUGCUCCAAGUGUUACCUAUGUAAAGGUUACAUAUAUUAACCUCGUUUUUUUUUUUAGUGAAAAAAAAAAAUAGUAGCAUCAACAAAGUUGUAAAUGAAAACAGCUAAAAUAAUAUGUGAAAAUGUACAAGCUUAUGAAAAGUUUGCUGCCAAUCAGAAAUACAAACUUUUUUUCCUUCCUCUAGAAGCUAUUAAAUAUUUGACUCUGAAGAGUUUUAUUUGUAGUUGCACAUAUCCAGUAGUUGUAUGGGAGAUCAAGCAAAGCCAUGUUCUACUCAGAUUAUAGUCUUACUGUUCCAAUGGGGCUUUGUGUAUAGUUUCACAGCUGCUUAUGUUACCAAGAACUCUAAAUCAGCUUGACCAAAUGAAUGCCAGUAUUAGUUCAAGAUGUGUUUGUGUGUGUAUAGACAUCUUCAGUGAUGUAGUCCAAUCUGAACCUGUGGCCAGAUUGUGGUGGAUAAGUCUGCAUGAUAAUGUAAUGAUGGAAGUCUGGUCACUCAAUGACAGGAUGGAAAGAGAGUAAAAAAAAAACAACAUUUCAUUGACUCAUUAUAUCCACUUUGUACAAACUAACGAAGAUAUUGUUUUAAAUGGUCACAGAUGCCGUAAAGCCUGUUUUUGUGGGUUUUUUUUUUUUUUUUUUUUUUGUCAACAGCAAUAAACCUAAAAACACAACAAAAAAUGUCAUCAACAUUUAUUACUAUUUUGUUUGUUUUGUUUAAUGAAACCCAAAUCCUUUUUUGCUCCUGAUAUUCGGUGCGUGUCACUCAUCUUUAAUGUAAUAUGUUUUAUACUUGUAACAGGUUUUUACCAACAAAAAUGUAUAUUGAUAGAAAUAUCUGGCCUUCACAUCUUCAGAAAGAGGCUCCCAUAAAGGCACUUUUUUCUGUAUGCUACUUCUCACCCAUACCUGGCCAAAGUGAAUUUCCCCUCUGCUUGGGGAAGGGGGGGGGGGGCUUGCUUAAUGUAAAGCUGACACUAGUUUCUUUUAUCAUUAUCUUCAUUCUUAAUUUGCUUUUUCAGUGGCAUUGUUUAAAUUUUUUUUUGCAAACUGUUUAGGAAACAAAAACUUCCAAUUUAAAUGAUGGAUAUACAUAAUAUUAGUAUUAAUUGUUCUUAUCAAUCUUAAGUUUCAGGUAAGUGUUAGGCAGAGUUCAACUUCUGACUACUUGCUUAAUGUCUUGUUGGGUACAUGAUCUUUUUUUUUGUUAUUACUACAAUGACAGUACACACAUGCAGAUGUUUUAGUUUUGUCUGUAUUUAAUUUAUUUGACAAAUACUAUCUCUUAUACUCUGAUGAAUAACAACAUAGGUGAGAAGAGCGAAAGGCACAGAUAAUGUGAUAUGCGUGUACCAAGGUUAUAUGAAUGCAGUUGAGGGUGGUCGCAAGUUAUACAUGUACCAAGGUUAUAGGGAUGUAUUUUUGGGUGGUGCCAAGGUCUCUCUGAGCUUGCAGACAGUUUUGGAAAACUAGGAAAGGCAAUUAAGAGAUGGUAGAAAGUCUAAUUUGAUUAAUCAAGAUAAUGAAGUAUUUCACUUAGUUCCUUGGCCUUUUUCUUUUUUCCUGUUGUUUAACUUCUAAAAUUAAAGUCCAUAGCUUGGCUGACUUAACUUAAAAAUCUUUUAAGAUUGUGGGAAACUGAAUGAUUUUCUUAUAGGUAAAUACUGAUUGAUCAAAUGUUAUAAAAAUAGAGUUCAACCUAUGAAAUUGAAAUAUUAUCAACUUGAGUUACAACCCUUGGAGAGGGUGGGAAAGUAAAAAAGAAAAAUUGAUCUGAGAGUCAGAUAUUUCUGUGUUUCUUUAUUGGUUAUUGAUAGUGUAUCUGUACAAUUAUGCCUACUUCAGGACAUCUAAAUUGUAAUAAAAGUUGACAUCCUAUAUAUUUAUUUUGUUCCUUCAUGUUCUAUGUAUAACUAGUAAUAAUAAAUCAAGCAAUGUCCACAAAGUAAGUUACAAGUAUUUAGGUAAUUUUUGUAAUUGUUUUUUGUCUUGAGUCUAAUCAAUUAUGAUGACUAGAUUAGAAAUCCAGAAAACAUGUUUAGCAUGAGAAUAGGUUUAAAUCUACAUUAUUUUUUCAUUUUUUGGGGCUCAAAGCUUACUAACAGAAAUUUUGUCUUCAUUGUAAAUCCAUCGUAUUAAGAUGUGACUUAGAAAUAGGUUAUUACUGGUACUUACAGAUUUUUAUUGAACUGAUAUUUUUAAUCAAUAUCAUUACCACAGUAGCUAAUAAAGAUUAAUGAUCACAGAAAUGCUACAAAGCAAUGUAUUUACUAUCCAAUGGAACAGAUUCAUAAAGCUAAGUUAUAAAUAAAUGUCAAGUUUGUAUUUAGAGGUAACACUUUUUGAACGAGUGUUACAUGUGUGUACUUAAUUUAUAUGGAUUAUGUUAUAUCAUUUUUUUUUUUUUAAAGUGUAAUGUGUUUUGUACAAAUUAUUUGAAGCUGUGUAAUUGUAUAACUAGGGCCUUAAUAGUAACACAUUAUAUUAUUGUAUGAGAACCAUAUGCAGACAGUUAUAUGCUAACAAAAUCAGGGAUGUAUGUUUUGUGUUAAGUUAACCCAUUAACUGGUACUAGAGGGCACUACAGGAACAGAAGAACAUUCAGAUGAGCCAUUUCAAUUGUAUUUUCUCUUCAUCCUUGUGCUAUCAUCAGGCAUGUGUUGCUAGGGGUGGGGGCAGUUGUGUGAGGCAGAAUGUAUUAUAUUUUCAGUAUCUAAUCACUUCUGAUCUGAUUUCAUGGCAUUUCAGCCUUGAACACAUCUAGGGCUGUACUAUUCAGCACUUGCAAACUUUAACUUAGUAAAACCAUUAGGCAGGCAGAGCAAUCCUAUUUAACCAUUUUUUAAAAAGAAUUAGUGUCCUUUUUUUUUUUUUUUUUUUUUUUUUUUAAAAAGAAAUAUGAUUUAUUAAAUCUUAUGUUUAAUUACAUGGCUGAACAUACUACAGUUAUGAUGUGGGCAGGUCAGAAAAAUAGCAGUUAACAUAAGCAGAGCAUCUUAUUGUCCUUUCAAAUCUUUUUAUUUUUCCACAAGCUUCAAGGAACCUACUUGAAUGCAUAUCCCCUCUUCCAUAGUGUACUAAGUAGCUAAUGGCAAAGGAAUGUGUCAGAGGAUAUCACUAUCUCCUUGUUGCAAUUGUCAGUUGAUUUCUUAAUCUUAUGGAAAUGUUUUAAUUUGGCUACAUUAAUGGCUCUUAGGUUUUGAAUGUGCCUUGUCAGCUAGCCCGUUUCCCCUUGUAUGAGACUAGUCCUAGUGGAUGUGAUAAGAAAUGUGGUGUGGCUCCUGUAAUUGUUAUUAACCACAUAACACAUACAUGUCAGAUGUUUUAACGCAAUUCUUUGCUGCCAACCAGGCUAAUGACUUCAGCUGUCUUUAUUUGUUAUUAAACUUGUUUUGUUUUUUUUGUCUAUGUAUGCACUGGUUUGUACUCAACUGAAACUAGUAGAGAUUGCUCACAUGUUGGAGGAUGUCCAUUGACAGCAGGCAAUGGUAUGAAUUAUUCCAUUUCUAAGGAUGACUACUAAUACUAGCUGAACUUGGUGACUUGUUAAUUCUGUGUAUGGUACUCUAGUGUUUAUAAUAGCUGAGUGACUGUGUGUGUGUGUCUGCAACACAAUUGACUUGAUGUGUACAGUUUUUAAGUAGUUGAAAAUGUGUACAUACAAACAUGUUAUUAAAAAAAAAAAAGUAAAAGAUAACAUUUAUGA